AGGGGAGGAGGGAGUGUUGCGUUUGAGGAAGUUGCUCAAUAUGGGAAAAACACAGUUUAGAAAGGCGUAAAUCCUCAUUCAGCUAUUUGGUGUUGGUCACAGAAUGUCACACAACUCGGUGACACCCUCUACCUAUAUUCGUAAAUUAGGCUACAGUUUGCUUCAUAGGUUAGCCGACUUUUUAGACCCGCACGACAGGUGGAAAGACGUCAUCACAUCAAUCCGGAAGUCAGAUGGCGACUUUAGGUACACUCAGCAGCAUGUGAAGCGGUUUGAGAGCCUGGUCAGGCAGGGGAAGAGUCCCACAGUGGAGCUGCUGCAUGACUGGGGCGUGACCAACUCUACGGUGGGAGAACUUGUGGACAUCCUCAAGAGCCACAAGUUACUGGCGGCCGCUAGCGUGCUCUUACCUGCGGAAGAGGACGUUUCCAUGGCGACGCCCCGGCCCUGUCCUGCAGCACAAGCGCACAGCAGCCUGCCAACGUCUCCAACCUGGAAGCUGGAUGAGACGGAGAAGACAAAGUUAGCUCCUGCUGAGCUUCAACCGUGCAUCCAAGUGGAGCAGAAAGAACCACACAACACACAAGGUUUCGUCAGUUUCUCCUACGACGAGCUGAUGAACAUAACCAGAAACUUUGACGAGCGUCCCGUGUCCACCGGUGGCUGCAGACUAGGGGAGGGAGGCUUCGGGACCGUCUUCAAAGGUGUCCUGUGCGACAAAGCUGUGGCGGUGAAGAAGCUCAACCCGAUAGACGACGUGUCGCCCGGCGAGCUGCAAAUUCAGUUCAACCAGGAGGUGCAAACGCUUAAAGCCUUGAAACAUGACAACCUGGUGGACAUGGUGGGCUACUCCUGUGAUGGGCCGUACCCGUGUGUGGUCUACGCCUUUAUGGCUAACGGGUCUCUGCUGGACAGGCUCGCUUGCUGGGAAGGAAGUCCUCCGCUGUCCUGGAAGGAGAGAUGCUUGAUCGCUGACGGCACCGCGAGAGGUUUGGAUUAUUUACACAGCAACCAUCACGUCCACAGAGAUGUCAAAAGUGCAAAUAUCCUGCUUGAUGAAAACCUGGUGGCCAAAAUAUCAGACUUCGGACUGACGAGAGCCUCGGCUAAGCGGACGGCAACGACGGUGAUGACAGAGAGGAUUGUGGGCACCUGCGCGUACAUGGCCCCCGAGGCACUGAGGGGGGAAAUCACACCAAAAUCUGACGUCUUCAGCUUCGGAGUGGUGCUGUUAGAAAUCCUGUCUGGACUCCCUCCUGCAGAUGAAAACCGCGAGCCGCCGUUUUUGAUGGACAUGAGGCAUGACAUCGAUGACGAAGACGAGGACUUGACCCUGGAGGCCUUCAUGGACAAGAGGAUGAGCGACUGGGACCUGAGCCUGGCGGAGAGCAUCUACUGUUUGGCCAGCAGCUGUCUCCACGAGAGGAAGAACAGGCGGCCGCUCGUCUCGCAGGUGGUGUCUGAGCUGAAAGGAGUGGUCAAGACUGUCUCACUGGAGUCGUACGCCUCGGACUGAAAUACAUGCUGAAUAUGAUCGAUACUUUAUUCAUCUCCAAGAGAAGUAUGUACCGUACAGCAGGGGGUUCUCCACUUUUCAAUGAAAAAUCUGAUGGCACCUGAUGGCUUUGACUUUCUCUUUUCCAGUGUUGUUGAAAAAAAAUAGCCGCACUGAAUCGCAAUCUCCCACCGUCACUCAGCGAGCAGCCAAGGCUAAACCACAUUCACAGUUCCCUCUUAUUUAUUGUUUUUGUAUUGAAAGAACAUUCUUGAGACUCUUGGUCUGCGAUAUAAUGAAUAUAAUAUAAUAUGAAGAAUGAAAUAUGUUUUAUUUUUAGCCAUUACUAAUUGACUUUUUUUAACCGUAUAAUUAACCUGAGCCAGGGCUGAGGCACAGCAGUGAAGUGAUCCCCCGACCCCACCAUACUGUGGUUUGGUUACAUAGUGGACAUUUGAUGACGUCUGAGCAGCGUGGGGGCGCACAUCUGCAACCCGAUGAUCGCAAACCCAUUAAUAUGGCAAGAAAUUCCACUAAGUAACCCUAACAAGGCACACCUAUGAAGUGAAAACCAUUUCAGCUGACUACCUCAUGAAGAUCAUUGAGAGAACAAGAAGGGUUUGCAUCGCUAUCCCAAAGACAUAUUGAGUUAUUUCACAUUUUGUUAAGUACAUAAGUCCACGUGUUCAUUCAUAGUUUUGAGAAUCUAUAAAGUAAAUAGUCAUGGAAAUAAAGAAAACGCAUUGAAUGAGAAGGGGUGUCCCAACUUUAGGCCUGGAGUUUUUGGGAGUUCGGGUAAAAAAAAUAUGUUUUAAUAAAAAAAAAAAUGUUAUUCAUUUUAAGAAAUAUCUGUGAUAUUGAUAAAUACAGUCAUCCCUGUACUCCCUGCUUGAACAACUCUACUUUGCAGUGGAAGAGAUAAUAUGCAACCGAUGGUAUGGAGAGUUAAGAAUGAAAGUGGAAGAAAGGGUCUCCUGUGAAAUGUCAACUUUUCUGCAGAAAAAAAUGGCCUAUUACCAGAGGGAAAAAAGCAUUUACAUUUUUUUUUAAAACCAAAAAUCCACAAAUGUUAAGUGAAUGCUAAAUCGCAAAUGUGCAAGGAUGCGCUGCAUUAAUAAUUUAUGCGGGAAAAAACACACCUACUGUAUUUUUGUGAAAAAGAAAUUACUUUUACCAAAAAUUUAUGACGGGGGGUGCAUGGAUGCUGAAUCGCAAAUGUGUGGGGAGCCACUGUAUUAAUUAUUUACAAAGAAAAAAACUUCCUUUUUUCAGAAAAAUUAAAUUACAAAUUUUUGCCUUAAAAAAAUCAGCAAAUUUGUGGAGGCAUGAAUGCUGAAUGACAAAUGUGCGGGGUGCCGCUGUAUUGACAAUUUAUGGGGAUAGAAAACGCCUGCAUCCCGGAGGAGGACGAGGAUAUCGAGUCCGAAUGGGCUCUAUUUCGUGCCUCCAUUGCUGAGGCAGCCGAUCGGAGCUGCGGCCGCAAGGUGGUCGGUGCCAGUCGUGCCGGCAAGCCCCGAACCCGAUGGUGGAUACCAGAGGUCAGGGUGCCGUCAAGCUGAAGAAGGAGUCCUAUCGAGCAUGGAUGGCUUGUGGGACUCCUGAAGCAGCUGAUAGGUAUCGGCAGGCCAAGCGGCACGCGGCUUCAGCGGUGGUCGAGGCAAAAACUCAGGAGUGGGAGGACUUCGGUGAGGCCAUGGAACACGACUUUCGGUCGCCCUCGAAGAGGUUUUGGCAAACCGGCCGGCGCCUCAGAAAGGGGAAGCAGCGCCUGGUCCACACUGGGCCUGCUGACCUCGACUGAGGAUAUAGUAGGGCGGUGGAAAGAAUACUUUGAGGCCCUUCUCAAUCCCACUGACAUACCUUCCAUGGAGGAAGCAGAGGCUGAGGACACGAACGGUGACAGUUCCAACACCGUGGCUGAGGUAUCUGGGGUAGUCAAAACACUCCCCAGUGGCAAAGUUCCGGGGGUGGACAAGUUUCACCCUGAAUUCCUCAAGGCUCUGGAUGUUGAGGGACUGUCUUGGCUGACACGUCUCUUCAACAUUGCAUGGAAGUUGGGAACAGUACCUCUGGAUUGGCAGACUGGGGUGGUGGUCCCCCUUUUCAAGAAGAGUGACCGGAGGGUGUGUUCCAACUAUAGGGGGAUCACACUCCUCAACUUCCCUGGGAAAGUAUUCCAGGGUGCUGGAAAGAAGUUAAUCGAAUCGACCGUUAAUCGAAUCUCGGCUACAGGAGGUGCAAUGUGGUUUUCGUCCUGGUCGCGGAACACUGGACCAGCUCUACACCCUUGCAAGGGUACUGGAGGGUACUUGGGAGUUUGCCCAACCGGUCUGCAUGUGCUUUGUGGACCUGGAAAAGGCAUUUGACCGUGUCCCUCAAUAAUUUACCGUUCGAUCUAUGUUCCCACCCUCACCUAUGGUCAUGAGCUUUGGGUCGUGACUGAAAGAACGAGAUCGCAGAUACAAGCGGCUGAAAUGAGUUUUCUUCGUGGGGUAGUGGGACUCACCCUACCACAUAGGGUGAGGAGCUCGGUCAUCCGGGAGGAGCUCAGAGUAGAGCCGUCGCUCCUUCACAUCAAGAGGAGCCAGCUGAGGUGGCUCGGGCAUCUAGUCUGGAUGCCUCCCGGACGCCUCCCUGGUGAGGUGUUUCGGGCUUGCCCAAGAAGGCCCCGAGGACACGCUGGAAGGAUUAUGUCUCACAGCUGGCCUGGGAACGCCUUGGUGUCCUCCCGGUGGAGCUGGAGGAGGUGGUUGGGGACCGGUCUGGGCUUCCCUCCUAAGACUGAUGCCCCCGCAACCCGGACAAGCGAAGGGAAAUGGAAAAAAAUGGAAAACAGAUAAAAAAUGUGAUGAAAAAGCUGCAAAUUUGCAGGGGUGCAAAUGCUGAGCUGCAAUAUGUGCAAGGAUCCAUUGUGUUAAUUUAUGGGGGAAAAACCUGGCUAUUUUCAGAAAAAAAAAAAAAAGAUAAAAUACAUUUUUUGGAGGAAAAAUUUGUGAAUUUGCUGGGGUGUGAAUGCUGAAUUGCAAAUGUGUGAGGGUCUAAAUGCAAAUGCAUUCAGAAAGCACACAUACGUGGCUGUGGUCAGCAGGCAAGCGCUCAAAAGGAGUGGUCAGUUUCACAAGGGGACUAGAUACAGUAGAACAUGCUUGUUGGCAUACAAGAAGUGCAUCUCCAUUCAGCAAUUUUCAAAAAUCAAUACAUUAAAUUCAUACAUUUCAAUUCUCAAAAUGACAAAAAUGAAGUGAUGUGCAAUUUAAAUAUUUUAUUCUCCUUAAAAAGAAAGACCUGUAAGAAAACAAGUAAGACCAAACAUGAUUUUUUUUUUGCUUCUCUAUUUCUAGUGACACUGUUUGACAACACGAUGAGGUGAGCUUGGUAGUUUGCCUAAUAACUGGAAUCAGUAGACAAGUGGCGGCAGCAACAUUUCUCAUAAAUUCCCUUUCCUGCGCUCACACUUUCCUCCUCUCGGCUGGGAUUCUAAAUAGCUUCCUCUGCUCUAAAGAGUUUACGUGGAUGAAAUAUUUCUGGAAGCCCCUUGUUCAAAUCAAUCGUGAUCCUCAGCGGCAUCACCACCACAACGCACGCGCGCACACACACACACACACACAGCUACCAUAUGUACAUUUACAGCACUUGCAUAGAAAAAUAAGUUUCUCAGCAGAUGAUUUUUGUGUUUUCUCUUUCUCGCGCUCCUUACGUAUAUAGUAAAAAAAAAUGCAAUAUAAAAUGCACUUAUGAGUGGGAUCAUUAUCUCUGCUUUGGAGCACCAGGCUUGUGUGCGCGCACACACACGCUCACACAGACACACACACACACAUUAAGUGACUUAAGGAAUGCAAAUAUGGAAUUUGGGCUACUUAAAAACAGGGGGUGUUAUUGUGAUUGGAGCACGAAUCACUGAAUUACAGUUGGGAAUGCACUAAUGAGAGAAGUGGCGUUGCUCAGGUGACCUGGGCGUGCAUAGCUGACUCUGUGGGUGAAAGAAACCUGCCUGGGAAUGUGAGGUCGGCAUCCUAUUCUUUUUAAAACAAGCAACAUCUCAGGAAUGUUCCACUAUGGAACGUGCACAAGGUGUGGAGGUGGUCCGUUCUUAAUUGUCCUCCUGUUCGUCGGCGGGGGUUCGGGUGAUGCGGCGGCCGCCCCGCUUCCCUUGCGGGCCUUUGGGCUUGGCGAAGGCCUGCUUGUGCGCAUGCUGCUUGGGGUGCACCUCGUCGUACAUGAAGUCGCUGGUCAGGUCGUCGCCGCUGUCGAUUUCCAACUGAUAAAAGAAGAUACACAAGAAGGUGAACAGCAGACAUCACGUUUCAUGCUGAUGAUAGUACUGAUGCCACAAAAUAUAUCAUUGGGUUAGCAAUUUAGACCAAAAUAAAACCCAACACGACCCAUCAGCUUACAACACAUUUUAUUGUCAGAUGAUUAUAAGUUAUGCUCUCUGAAGGUCGUGCUUUUUUACCCCCUCAAAAAACUACUGCUUCAUUCUUGUCCUUCAUUCUUGCCAAAUUUUGACUUUUUUUUUUUUGCAAAACUCUCUGAAUAUUAUAAUGAUUCCUCUAAAAUUUGUCUUGUAAAAAUGACUUCUCUUCAAUUUUCAACAGUCUCAUAAAAUUACCACUUUUUUCUCUCUUGAAAUUACAACUUUACUCUCACAAAAUGUUUCAUUCUUGUAAAAAUUAGAAUUUAUUACAGUUACAUAUCUUUUUUCACCCUUGUGAAAUCAUGAUUUUUCUUUCUCAUCUAAAUUGUUGUAAAUUUUUUCUUGGAAAAAAAGUACUUUUUUUGAUAAAAUUAUGACUUUUUCCUGGUCAUUUCUUUGUGUCUGGUUGCAGAUAGCACAAUUGGAAAUAAUAAAACUGCCAUACUGUCAUGUCUCCUUCCGUGCAUUGCCGAUGUAUGGGUUAUGCAUGACUUCACACUUUACUGUACAUUGCAGCUUUUCAGCACAUGACAAAUUAUUUAGAUUUGCAAGACAGAAAAACAUGCUUUUAACCGCCUAGUUUUUAAAGGAAAGUAUUUUAUUGAACCGUGUUAAGCUUGCAAAUUCUACCUUAGUCAUGUUUAAGAACAACUAUUUUGAUGGAAUAAUUGUACAUAGAGCUAUUUGAGGCUUUGAUUGUAUUUUUAUCAACUUGCAAUCGGAGGCGAUAGUUACAUUAUUUUUAAAGCUUUCCAGAGGAAUUGUUAGUGUGUCUGAUGUUAGACAUAGCAUUGAAAGCUGUGUUCUCCCCCUUGUGUAACAAUAAAGCAUACAUUUGAUAAAUACUGUAUUGCUCAUGUGUCUUUUAUACAUGACUAGCUAUUAUACGUAUUAUCAUCUUGGCACCAAUAUUAGGUUGAACCCUAAGACUCUUAUUUUGAAGGCGAGCCGGCUUUCAGUAUUUUUCCACACUAUAACAGCUCAUCUUUAAACCAAAAAGAUUUUUAUUUGUGUUGUUCAUAAAUUGCUUCCUGGUUGUAAUUCAGAAAGCGUUUAGCUUCAUUUGUUGUAGAAUACAAUUUCAACAUUUUUAAGUUAAGCGCGUCUGGGCUCUUACUUUGAAGGCUGGUUAAGUAGUUCCGGUAUCCAGCGUAGGGCCUGAGGUUCAUUUUGCUGUAAAGCUGGAAACUAUGUUAAA